ACGUUAUGUUUACAGUAUACUGGCAGACCGAUCAGGAAAGAGAGGACUAUGAAAAAGUGCGACACUUCCAUUCUUCCACAUGGUUCUGUCACUGCUAAGGCGAGCUGCGCAGGCAGCGAUAUUAUACCUCUCAUAGGAAAGUUACAGAGUUGUUUUCAGCAGCGAAGUGCUCUAGGUAUCACAGGGCGAGUUUUCAGUCGCACUGGCAGUUGAACGUUUGAUUGCAGAACGUUGAACAUUUUUAAUUUGUUAUUUCGUUCUCUUUUUUUGAAGAUAUACGCGCACUAGAGACUGACUGCGCAGCGUCUCCAAAACGGACUGAAAGAUAGAGGAGACUUGCAAUAACUUUUACGCAAUCCGUCCAGUGUGGUUACAUAAACAUACGUUUAUUGAGUGACUGAAAGAAAACCGAUGAUAUAACAACAUUGGCAACUUUUGCGCACUUUCUCACCAUAACAUAAUUCUGAACAGCACUUUUUUUGGUACGUUUUCUGUCUAACCGAGAGAUUGAGAAAGAAAGAGAAACGAUGGUACAGCACAUGAGCCACUCAGAGAGCACAGAUUCAUUCUCUCCUGGUGGGGACUGCACCGAUACCGGAGAUAUGGACUUGGAGAUGGACGCGUCUCCGACUCCCGGGUCUCCGCUAUCCUCCACGGGAGGGGACCGAGGCAACGUCGCCUGGUGUAAAACCCCCACGGGACACAUCAAGAGACCGAUGAACGCAUUUAUGGUGUGGUCUCAGAUCGAGAGGAGAAAGAUCAUGGAGCAGAGCCCGGACAUGCACAACGCUGAGAUUUCCAAGCGGCUGGGCAAGCGCUGGAAACUGCUCAAAGACGCAGAUAAGAUCCCGUUUAUCCGGGAAGCAGAGCGGCUGCGACUCAAGCACAUGGCCGACUACCCUGACUACAAGUAUCGGCCACGGAAGAAGGUUAAGACGCCCAGCUCCAAGACAGAGCGGGGAGAGAGAGGAGAGAAAGGAGCGGAUAGGAGCGGGGGUUCUAAGUCCUCAUCGAAAAGAAGCUCUGGGUCUAGGGGGAACAGCAGAGCGCACAAGCCGGGACAGGGGAGCGCCAAGCUGCCUACCCAGGGGCAGGAGUGUGCGACUCCCGCGGAUCACCACACGCUCUACAAAUCCAGGACAGUGACUGGUGCCCGGCAGAUACCAGACAAGCCAGCCAGGCGCGGCUACAUGUUUAGCGGGGGAGGGAGCUUGGACAGCGGGCCGCCCUCUGUGGGAGUCCCAGGGAGUCCCGCCCUGAGCAGCUCGUCUGAGUCCUGUGACCCGAUGAGCCUGUAUGAAGACCAGGCGACGGGGGCGAACGAAGCACUUUCCUCCAACCUUUCAACAUCCUCACCAUCAUCGGCAGUCCGCCUCAGGUACACACGUGCGUCCUCUCCAACCCCGUCCGCCUCUCACUCCUCUUCGUCCUCCCUCUCUUCUUCCUCGGAUGAAGAGCUGGAGGAUGAGCGGUUCGAGCUACAGCCGAGCCCCGGGUUUGAGAGCAUGUCUCUGGGCAGCAUGGGGCCAUGUGAGUCGGAGCUCGACAGGGACCUGGACUGGAGCUUCGGCGAGUGUGGGGCGGGAUCUCACUUUGACUUCCCCGACUACUGCACCCCCGAGGUCAGCGAGAUGAUCUCGGGAGACUGGCUGGAGUCUACCAUCUCCAACCUUGUCUUCACUUACUGAGCGGCGGAAAGGAGAGAAAACACAGAGAACAAGAGUGAAAGAGAAAAACUACAACCCAGUGAGUGUGAGAGAAGAAUCUUCAGACGUUCUUUCAGAUUAUUGGGGAGAGUGAAAUGUGAGCUAAACUAUCCCUCGUUUUGUAAAGAAAAGCCUAAUAUUAAUGACAUGUGUUUAGGUUAAAAUGUGCAGGGUGUGUGUUUCAAAAACGUAAUCGUCUGUUCCAUGUGGGUAUUGACAAAGACACGAACGGGGACAGACGGGCGCAUUGUUGCCUGGUGCGCAGAACAGAAGGAAAGUGCAUCGCUUGCAUUUGGAGAGCGAAGAGAGAAGGACUCUGAGCCCGCCUCUUUUUGAAGUGACACACACACAGACACACACACACGGACUUACUGAACUGAAGUAUUCAACCGGCCGGUAGGAGGAGGUUUGUAGGUUGAUGGUGAACAUGACUAUGGGUAAAUGGACUUUGGAGAGCUUGAUGUUGCCAUGGAGAUGAAAGCAGUAUUAGUGACCCUCUUCAUGUGUUGUUCUCUGUGUGGGCGGGGUUUAUGAAGGUAAUAUUCAGGUGGGUUUUUCUGAAGCUUAACAUGCAUGCGCUCCCUUGUGGAGUAGUCUGCACUGUUACAUUGACUGAUGCAUCUGAAAAUAUGGUUAUUACAAUGUCAUUACCGCGCUGAUUGUGUGUGCGUGUGCGUGUGUGAGUGAUAGUGUGAGUGUGUGUUUGUGUGCGAUCACAGAACACAGUUCACAAUCACCAGCUUUCCUAUCAACGGCAGGACUUUUAAUUAACAACUCAAACUCAGAAUCUUUUCUCUGAAACCUUUUACACUCUGAAUGCACAUUUCAGGACCAAUUCCCUUACUGCGCACCGCCUAGCACAUCUGGCUGUAGUUAUUCUAUAUCAGAUGACGUUUUUUUUAUAUCGAUGUAUUUACACCAGCCGAACAUGUUUUUUUUUAUACUUUGAGGUAUUGUUAUUGUAUAAUAGGUCUUGUUUGUGUGUAAGCCAUGCACCUGUCUGUAUCCCUGUGCAGGAGGGCUAGAAGUGUAUCUUAUUUAAAUGUUGAAAUCUCUCACUUUUUAAAGGAGAACUCAGUAAGUGUCAUUUUCUAUAUGUGUAUUUUUGUACAAUAUCUAUGGAGGGAGUGCCCGUCGGUGGUUGCUUGGAUUCCUGAUGUUCAAAGCCAGAGGGUCCGUUGUCACAUAAUCUGCUCUUUAUACAAUGUUUACACUUGACAGUAUCGCGCCACAUGCUUCUUCUUAAAGGCACAGUGUACAUAUAUUACACCAGCCAAGUAAAACACAUUGACACGCUACUUACACUAGAGCGUCAGCUGCACCCAGUGACUGUGUUUCAACAGGUGGUUUUGCAUAACUUGGACCCAGAUCUAUUUGUGCUAUCUUGUCAAGUCCUUGUCAAGGAGUGGCACGAUGGCACAAACAGACUGGUACCCAGGCUACAGUAUAUCAGAACUGUUAAAAAGAGAGAAAUAUGCUGUUGGAUUGAGAGAGAAAACAUUGGUCUGCUUUUAUUGAUAAGUUAGUUUUGAAACCACUGGAUGGAAUGUGACACUCACACAUUCUAAAUGCCUAUUUGAGUCAGAGGGAGGUGGAGGGAGAUGGAGGGAGGUGGAGGGAGGUGUAUGAAGUGCUUCGAUCAUCUAUCAUUGCGCAAUUGCAUAAUAAGAGUAUGUAAUCGUUUUUCUACCUGUUGGCUUACUUGGCUAAGACUAGCUAGCUAAUUGUUUUCCUAUAUUAUGGCAUGGCAAAUUAGCAAUUGUAUUUCAGAUUCAGGUAUAUGUAUAGCUGUUGUGUUUAAGAUUUUUUUUUUUUUAAGAAUAUCAAUUGAAGAUAUUUAUGUUUAUUGACUGUACUAUAAUGCAGAUACGAUUGUGUUUCUAUGUAUAAUGAUCAACGACAGACACUAAAAUUGCCAUCUUUUGUCAUUAUGAUGUUGAAGAUGAUUGUGGUCCAGGAUCUUUAUUGUAAUUUUUUUUUUCAUUUGUGCAAUAUGCUGUGUGUAUGAUCAUGUUUCCUCCAAUCGUACCAUAUCUCAUUUGAAUAUAGAACUCAACGCCAGCCAAUCGGGUCAAUGACUGCCUCAGACCUCUAUACAGAGCAUUUUUAUUUGUUUGUUUGUAUGUUUGUUUAGUUUUUUCAAGACGGAAAUAAAAUCAGCUGGAACUGAA